UAAUCAUCAAGUGCUUUUUCUUUUCCAGACGUACAACUGCUGCUGCCUGCUCUGAUUUUCUCUCACUUUUCAAGGAUACCGUAAACUGCAGAUAUGUCUGAAGGACCGAAAAAGACAAAGUAUUCAGCAACACGCAGACUGCUUUUGAAGUCUAAACUGCUGAAGAAAGCAGCUUCUAUGCUGGUGGCUGAAAUUGAACAGAAGAAACAAGAGAGGGAGCGAGUUGUGAAAGAUUGUUUCCCUCCCCUGAACCUGCCAGGUCUGUCAGUCCAGGAGCUCCAGGACCUUUGCAAAGAACUACAUCGUAAAAUUGAUGUUGUAGAUGAAGUUCGUUAUGAUACAGAAGUUAAGGUAGUCAAAAAUGAAACAGAGGUCCAGUCACUGAAGGAGAAGAUCUUUGGGCUGAAGGGGACGAAGAGGCCUAACUUGAAGAAGGUGAAGAAAACCACGGACGACAUGCUGGGUGCAUGCAGCGACCCCUCAAAACUCAUGAAGCCUGAUUUCAAGGCCAAACUCAAGACAGUGAAGAAGGAGGACGAAAAGAAGGAAGAAGUGACUGAUUGGCGUAAGAACGUGGAGGCCAUGUCUGGUAUGGACGGCAGGAAGAAGAUGUUUAACGCAGGACAAUAGACAGUGCUGUUAGUAAUACAUCGGCCCAAUCCCAACAUACACCCUAAGGCCUAAGCACUAAACCCUCACUGGCUUAAUUGGCAUCACCUGUGUGUGCGGCUGUAAUGCUUGAGUGUGUGAGUUCAUGAGGACUCAUAAUGGUAUAAAAAGGAUGAACAAGACACACCAUCGUGACAUGCUUGCAACAACUCAUCGCCAUUAGACAAAAAAGCCAAGUCUAUGGGCACCUCCGUUAGGAAAGUCUGCAGAGAUGCAGACUUAAAGAAAGAGUGUAUAAUGACGUUGAAAUAAAUGGUUUUUUCUUGAUUUAAUGUAAACAUGUAUGUACAAAAUACCACUUUAUGGUGUAAUCAUAAACAUUGUAUAGAAUAGCGUACCCUUUGCAUUGAAAUUGUGUUAAAGAAAAUGCAGAGUCGCUUUGUGAGUUUGUCAUUUGAAGUGAAGUAUUUGUAUUAUACAGAUGAAGGCGCUGCCACUGGUCUGUAAAACAUGUGAUGCUUAUUAAAAGACCAUAAAGACUUUAA